GUUAACUCUGUGGAAGUGGGGUGGGGGUUUGGGGAGGACGCAGUGUCCCGGGCUGGGACCCAGGAGACCCUGUGGCUUCAGUGCUAACCCCUUCUGUUCUGGCACAGAGAAGGAGGCCGGCUCGGCCCAGCCCAGGCAAUGGUUUCUCAGGGGCAGCGGCGUCUCUCAGGGCCUGGGUGGGUGUGACGGCCUGGAUCCCUCACACUCUGCUCUCUCCUCACCUAUAUGCACCCUCCCUGUGCCCCUCGGGGAAAAGUCACCCAGAAUGAGAUAGUUAUGAGGCUAAAGGGAUUCAAAGUUGUCUUACACAAAAGGACACAGACUGGAUUUCUCCCCACCUGCGCCCUUUCCAGGUUCCCUUCCCCCAGAGGUCCCCACCCCAUCCUCCUUCAGCCUGGUUCCUGAGUUGCCAUUUCGGGGGCUGGGCGCCAGGCCAGCUGGGAACAAUGGCCAAUGGAACUGGAGCUGCCAACUGCAACACCAGCUCAGACUGCCCCCCCAAGACCCCUAAAUUGCCUUCCCCCUCCUGCCUGGGAACCACCCCCCACAACCACCCUCACCACCCCCUCCCAUCCAAGGAACAUCAAUGCCCCUUUCAUCCCCACUUGGCAGGGUCUAUUGGAAAGGAGGGGCCAAGAGGAAGGAGGUGACCCAGAGUAGAUCCCGACUAAUCAAAUCCAGCUUUUAACAACCCCAAACCUAAAGGAUUCCCUCUAGACCCCCCAAUUUGGGGCACCCAAGUUUUCCUCCAUUCCCUUCCCCACUCCCUUCAUAACCAUUUACCCAGAAACUGACACAGAAGCUGGGCACCCCUGGCUCCUUGCCUAGUUCCCUCUCUCCUCUGGAUGCCAGUUUAACACUCUCCUGGACAAGGAAAAGCCUGCUGGAAUUGGGACUGUAGAUAAAAAUGCAUAGGACAGAAGAGAGCUCUCCCAGCCCAGCUGGAACUGGGGGAGAAAAGAGAACCUACAGUGAGAAAUUCUGCCUGCCACCUCCUCUGAUGUAUCUAAAGGCAGAUCUCAGCCUGGUCCAGUGUCAGUGGCCCAACAAGAACAUUUUCCCUAACUUCCUUCUCUUGGACCAAGAAGCAGCUUCAAACUAUACCUUCCAGUUGGCAACAAUAAGGACCUGCUCUGAGCAAGCCACUGUAUAGAUGGAAUUCAAAGAAGUGUGAGUCUAGUCAUACCUCUCUAGAGCUUAGGAUCCAGUAGUUGAGAGAAGAUACAAAGAUAGAAAACGUUCAGAAUGAUGUAAUAAUAUAAGAUUAAUUGUUUACACAAAAAGUCCUAUAGGAAGAGUUUCCCAUCCUUUUCAAGUGGGAGAUCAGAGACUUCCAUUCCCAAAUGAUGAUUUUAAAAUCCCCUGAUGGAGACCAACUGUGAAUUCAGCAAAUACUUUCAGUCUCCUCAGCCAGCCGGCUCCCACGGAUCUGCACGCACUUACCUACAGAGGCUGGUUAGGGUCAGACACCAUCCGGGCACUCUCAGUCCUCCCCCCUCCCUCACCCCCAAGCCUCCCCCCUUACUGUCCUCCCCCACCUCCUGUUGACCAUGGCAUCAGAAGCAGAAAGAACGUUCCAGCGGUUUGCUGUCUUUGGAGAAUCAUCAAGCAGUGGCACUGAAAUGAACAACAAGAACUUCUCCAAGCUGUGCAAAGACUGUGGCAUCAUGGAUGGCAAGACGGUCACCUCCACUGACGUGGACAUCGUUUUCAGCAAAGUCAAGGCCAAGAAUGCCCGAACCAUCACAUUCCAACAGUUCCAGGAAGCAAUGAAGGAACUGGGCCAGAAGCGAUUCAAGGGGAAAAGCCCGGAUGAAGCCCUGGAGAACAUUUAUAAGCUCAUGGAGGGCAAGGACCCAGCUACCACUGGUGUUACUAAAGCAACAACAGUGGGCGGGGUGAGCCGGCUGACGGACACCAGCAAGUACACCGGUACCCACAAGGAGCGCUUUGACGAGAGUGGCAAGGGGAAAGGCAUCGCGGGACGGGAAGACGUGACUGACAACUCAGGCUACGAUCUCCCUUCUCUUGGACACAACACACUCUCCAACCACAAGAGGACUCUCCAUCUCAUAGGGCAGAAGACCUCCGUGGCGUGGCCCGCACCAUGUCUCCAACUGCAUCUCCAUCCCUGCCUGCUUCCACCACAUCUUGUUCAUCUUAUCUACUCUACCCAGAAUGCUGCUCUCUCCUCCCACUCUCACCCCCACCCUCAGUUCUUUUGAGCCAGUUCAUGUGGAGAUCAACCCAGAGGUCAUGUUUAAGAAGCCUCUGUCUGGAGCAUCUCCUUAGGGAAGUGUGCACAGCUAGACAGGUGAGGGGAAAGCCCACACAGGCAGGUGGUUCAUCUGUAUCCUUCAGGCUGGUCUAUCAGCCAACACCCUGUGGGAGCCCAUGCAGGGUGGUGCCAGAGCCUGGCUGACUCAAGUCUUUGUUUUGAGGAAGCUAGCAUUAUGUGGCCCCAGUCUCAGAGCAUGCCAUCUCUUCCUUAUUUGCUCAAGGCUGCAACUUCCCUUGGAAGAGAAAGGGGGCUUUUCGUGCCUCUUUGUCUUCCACUUCCUUCAUUUGCUACUCUCCCUUCAUCACUGACCUCCACUUGCACAAUUACAGAAAUGGAACAACACAUCAUAAAAAGUUUGGGAUAUGAUCUCAGGUUAACCUACUGAGCUU